AUGAUAAAGCUGCUUGGAAUACUUGUGGUGAUGGCUACAUGUAGCUGGGUAUUUGCUGACAUAUCAGAGUGCAUUGGCAAAUGUCCAGUCCAUACAUCUGUAGAUUCUCCUGUCUUUUUUUUACCUCAUAAGAAUUGUAAUAAGUAUUGUGUGUGUAAUUAUGGGAAACCAAUCGAGAUGCCAUGUCCACCAGGUCUCCACUUUGCACCCAAAUGGAAUACAUGUGUUGAUCCAACAUUCGCUGAGUGUACUGGUUACGAUCCAGAAUCUUCAAUGAACUCUGAACAAAAAGAAGAAGCAAAUGACUUCAUGUUCAUUGAUAAUUGUAUUGGCGAAUGUACUAUUCAUGAAAACUCCAGUGGAAUUAUGUUACUAGCUCAUGCCAACUCUAAAAUGUAUUGUCGAUGUGAAAAUGGAAUCAUUGCAGUCAUUGCGGUAUGUUGCUCAGCAGCUCCAUCAUCAGAUGUCAACUCUUGUCUUGGAAAGUGUCGAUUGCCUGAUGGUCCCGGUCAGAUAAUUCUUCUUGCUAGUAGUCGUUGUCCACUGUAUUGUAAAUGUGACGGAGGUAAUCCAGUAGUUCAUGUAUGCAGAAAUGAUUGGUACUUCAGCAUAGACGAAGGAACUUGUGUGCCACGAGAAGAAUCUAAUUUAAUUUUUGCGGUGAUUACAAGAUGUUUUGGGGUUGAAGGAGUUGAUGAGUGUAUUGGAAAAUGUCCCCAAGAAACAGAGAAUGAUAUCAUCAACUAUUUACCUCACAAUGAUUGCAAUAAAUACUGCGUAUGUGUUGCUGGUCAACCUGAAGUACUGCCAUGUGAACCUGAUCAACAUUGGUCUCCAGAACUAGAAAUAUGCACUCAUCCAGUAGAAGCAAGAUGUCAAGGCAAAAGUGUUGCACUGGGUUGCGUAAGCGAAUGUCCAAAUUAUGAUAUUUUGAUUGGACAUCAUUUCUGUUCGAAAUACUGCGAGUGUACGGAAUCACAAGUAAUUGUUCGAAGUUGUUCAGCGGGAUUAUUGUUUUCUACAAAGCUUCAAGCCUGUGUAGAAAGGCAGGAUUCUGAUUGUCCCCUUCCAACUGAACCUCCAACUAUACCGCCAACUGAACCGCCAACUAGACCUCCAGUUGCACCUCCCAUCGAACCACCGACUAGACCUCCAACUGAACCACCAACUGAUCCUAAAGGAUGCAUAGGAGAGUGCCCAGAGUGUAAUUCUCCUGAUCAUACUGAUCAUUUACCUCAUGAAGAUCCACAGAAGUUUUGUAAAUGCAAUUGGAAAAAAACUUUUGUUUUUCAAUGCCCUGAUGGUCUAGUCUACAUUAAAGAAGAGCAAGUUUGUGGAAUCAUUGCAGUCAUUGCAGUAUGUUGCUCAGCAGCUCCAUCAUCAGAUGUCAAAUCUUGUAUUGGAACGUGUCCAAAAACUGACACUCCCAAUCAGAUAGUUCUUCUUGCAAGUACUAUGUGUGCAAAAUAUUGCAAAUGUGAGGCAGGUAGUCCAAUAGUAUAUGGAUGCAGAAAUGAUUGGUACUUCAGCAUAGACGAAGGAACUUGUGUGCCACCGAAAGAAUCCCACUGUCCGGCAUCAUACAAUACGUAUACCUUGAAAAUGCUGACUUUUCUAGUCAUAUUUGCGGUGAUUACAAGAUGUUUUGGGGUUGAAGGAGUUGAUGAGUGUAUUGGAAAAUGUCCCCAAGAAACAGAGAAUGGUAUCAUCAACUAUUUACCUCACAAUGAUUGCAACAAAUAUUGCGUAUGUGUUGCUGGUCAACCUGAAAUACUGCCAUGUGAACCUGAUCAACAUUGGUCUCCAGAACUAGAAAUAUGCACUCAUCCAGUAGAAGCAAGAUGUCAAGGCAAAAGUGUUGCACUGGGUUGCGUAAGCGAAUGUCCAAAUUAUGAUGUUUUGAUUGGUCACAGUGUCUGUUCGAAAUAUUGCGAGUGUAAAAAUUCACAAGUAAAAGUUAAAGAUUGCCGACCGGGAUUCUACUAUUCUUCACACCUUCAGAAUUGUGUCAAAUGGGAGUAUUCUGAUUGUCGUCCAGAAAACGUAGCUCAACCGCCAUCUGAUCCUUCACCUGAACCACCAAAAGCUGAUGCUUUAGGAUGUAUAGGAAAAUGCCCAUUGUGUAAUUCUCCUGAUCAUACGGAUCAUCUACCUCAUACUGAUGAACACAAGUUCUGUAAAUGCAAUUGGGGAAAACCUAUUGUUUUUCAAUGUCCUGAUAAUCUAGUCUACAUGGAGAAAGAACAAGUUUGUGGUUAUCCUUACGGAGGAUGUCCUUGUGAUACAUAUACCUUGAGAAUGCUGACUUUUCUAGUCAUAUUUGCGGUGAUUACAAGAUGUUUUGGGGUUGAAGGAGUUGAUGAGUGUAUUGGAAAAUGUCCCCAAGAAACAGAGAAUGGUAUCAUCAACUAUUUACCUCACAAUGAUUGCAAUAAAUACUGCGUAUGUGUUGCUGGUCAACCUGAAAUACUGCCAUGUGAACCUGAUCAACAUUGGUCUCCAGAACUAGAAAUAUGCACUCAUCCAGCAGAAGCAAGAUGUCAAGGCAAAAGUGUUGCACUGGGUUGCGUAAGCGAAUGUCCAAAUUAUGAUAUUCUGAUUGGACAUAAAUACUGUUCGAAAUACUGCGAGUGUAAAAAUUCACAAGUAAAAGUUAAAGAUUGCCGAGCAGGAUUCUACUUUUCUUCAGACCGUCAGACUUGUGUCGAAUGGGAGUAUUCUGAUUGUCGUCCAGAAAUUACAACUCGACCACCACCAACAAGGCCACCACCAACUAGACCUCCUCCAACUAGACCACCUCCAACUAGACCACCUCCAACUAGACCUCCUCCAACUAGACCUCCUCCAACUAGACCUCCUCCAACUAGACCACCUCCAACUAAGCCACCUGUAACUAAACCACCGCCAACUGAUUCUAAAGGAUGCAUAGGAGAGUGCCCAUUGUGUAAUUCUCCUGAUCAUACGGAUCAUUUACCUCAUGAGGAUCCUCACAAGUUUUGUAAAUGCAAUUGGGGAACACCUAUUGUUUUUCAAUGUCCUGAUGAUCUAGUCUACAUUGAGGAAGACCAAGUGUGUGGUUAUCCUUACGGAGGUUGUCCGUAAUAAAAUUAUUGUUAUAACAAAUGUGUAUGAUUCAUCUAUUCUCAAAUAAACGAAAUUUUAUUACUUA